CCUGGGGAUCUGAUGAAACCAGCAUUGAUUUGGCAGAGACCGCGCGCAGAGCCGUGUGCAGAGACCGAGCCGGGUGCUGGGAAGGAGGAAGAAAACCCAGGCAGGCGCCCCACCCUCCGAGGGCGCCGCCGAUCUGGGGAGACAAGACUGGGCUCCAGCAGCCAGUCAGAGGCCUCGUGAGUCAGGCUCUGAGUUCAAGUCUCGACUAGCUCUCCUCAUGUGACCUGGAGCAAGUGUGGCCCUUCUCUGCACCACGGGAAGACCGGGGAUGGACCGUGGGCCCACCGGUGUCCUGCAGCCUGCACUUCCUAUGACACUAGCAAGGCCAGGGUCAGACCAACAGGCGUUCAGAGAAGACUGGGGCGGUGGGAGACCAGGAGGGGAGGGACUGGCCAAGGAAUAGCGUUGAGUACCACCGGAGGCUCCCACCUCCCUGUGACGAACGGACAAAGUUCUUUCCUGGAUAAAGUUCUUUCCUGCGGGCCUUCUCAGAGCCCCAGGCAUGCAGGAGACAUCUGGAAAAAGCCACUGGGCCACAGGAUCCUUUUUUUCAGGAAGCACCUUGAAGGCGGGAGGGCCCUGAGGAACCUCUGCGUCUCCACCUGAGUGAAAGAGGGGUUGCCCACGCUUGAGGCUCGACUUGUACCUGCUCUAUUUUUGGACAGAGUAUCAGCAGCUGAUCCCGCGGGUCCAGGAGCCAGGCCGCAGAGGGAGAGACCAGCCAUGGACCUCCAGCAGCUUCAGUAUUUGGGGGCAGCACCUUAGGAGAGGAGAGGAGAGGAGAGGAGUGGUCUCCGUCCACCCCCUGGCACUGGGGAGGAGAGAAGGGAGAAGUGGACCCGCCGCCUGCCCCAGCCGGGCAUGGACCAGCAGCUGUGAUCAGCCAGAGCUGAUGCCGGGUCCCCAGGGAGCUGGAGGAACCCCCGUCAUGAGCCUGGGCAAGCUGUCACCCGUGGGCUGGGUGUCCAGCUCUCAGGGAAAGAGGCGGCUGACUGCAGACAUGAUCAGCCCCCCACUCGGGGACUUCCGGCACACCAUGCACGUGGGCCGCGGCGGGGACGUCUUUGGCGACACCUCCUUCCUCAGCAACCACGGGGGCAGCUCCCGGGGUACCCACCGUUCACCCCGCAGCUUCCUGGCCAAGAAGCUACAGCAAGUGCGCAGGGUGGGGGUGCCGCCCCGGCGGUUAGCUUCCCCGCCGUCGCCCUCACCUGCUCCACCCGCUGUCUCCCCCAUCAUCAAGAACGCCAUCUCCCUCCCUCAACUCAACCAGGCUGCCUACGACAGCCUCGUGGUGAGCAAGCUCAGCUUCAACAGCAGCCCAGCCGGCUCCACGGACGGCCACUCCAGUUACGGCCUGGACUCCGGGUUCUGCACCAUCUCCCGCGUGCCUCGGGCGGAAAAGCCCCGUGACCGAGACCGUGACAGUUCCUUCCCCUCCGAACCUGAGCUUCACCGCUCUGACUCCCUCUUGUCCUUCCGUCUGGACCUGGACCUUGGGCCCUCUCUCCUCAGCGAGCUGCUGGGGGUCAUGAGCCUCUCAGAAGCCUCUGCAGCCGAGACCCCAGCCUCAGCCCCCGCAGCAAACCCCCCAGCCCCUGCCGCAAACCCUCCCACCCCUGCCUCAAGCCCUCCACUCCGUGGACGCUGCCCCAACGGGGUAACCGCUGUGUUGGGCCCAGUGGCGGAGGCGAGGGCCAGCCUGGUGGGAGAAUGCCCCCGUGCGCCUGCUGACAUGGCCCCUGGCAGGCACUGGGGUGCAGGCUGGGGCGGCGGCAGGGGCAGCCGGCACUAUACCGAGAUGGAUGCUCGGCAGGAGCUGGUGAAGGUGCUGCCCCAGGGUCGGGCCUCCUGGGAGAGCCUGGACGAAGAGUGGGAUGCACCCCAGGCAGGCAGCAGGGCCCCCGUGCCCAGCACGGUGCAGACAAACGCCUUCGCGUUUGCCGAUGCUGAGGACGACGACGACGAGGUCAAGGUGUGAGCAGCUGAGCGUGGGCUCAGGACCCUGCCCCACCUCUUCACCGUGAAGAGCCCAGGGCAGAGCCAGCCCCUCAUCUGACAACUGGGAGAACCUGAGUUGUCCCCAAACCCUCCACGCCUCUGCCGGACAGACCUGGGAGGGAGGCCAGGCUUACUCUGGGACCUGGGUGUUCCCGAGGGCCCUGCUGGGCUGACCUGCUUCCCCACAACUGCCACUCUGGACCCAGGGGCCAUUCCUUCAGCCCCGCCCCCACUGGCUGGGCAGCCCAGCCUCACAGUGCUGCCUUUGUGCUGGGGAAGCUGUCCGUGCUGGGGGGGGGGGGCAGCAGGCACACCACACAGGGCCUUUGUCUCCUCCCUAAGGGACCGCCUGCCCCGCUCCUCCUGAAGCUGCCGCCCCCCGCCCUCACUAGGGCUGCUUCCCCCACAUCCCCACCCCAACCCCGACUUGUCCCAGAGCCCUCAAAGGAAAAUCAGGUGUGGCCUCCCCCCCUUCCUGUGCACCCAAGACCUGCCUCUGGGUUCUGAUUAAAAAAGGCUUUUUU